UAAUCCAAAGCCCGCAACCUCAAGCCCCUGUUCCAUGCACUCUGUCUCCCCGCUCGCGCCUUCUUAAGCCCCUGUAAACCCAAACCCUCAACGCAUGUAUCCUCUGCUCCUACCGCGUCUCGGGCACCAAAUCAAAAACGGCACGAGACGGCUCCUAACCACACACGACACCGCCAACCCCGAUUUUCCACAACUAACUUCCGUGCGCAUACACACCAUAAAGAACUCCGUCGAUGUCUUCUUCAACAGCAAAAAAUAUGCGCUUGACAGUUCUUGGCUAAGAGAUAACUGCCCUUCGCAAUAUAUCGAGAACCCGCGCCAGAAACUCUACCCUCUUUCGGUUCUUCCCAACGUUAGAGUGGUCUCUGCAAGGGUCGAAGACAACCAUUUACUUGUCACUUGGCCAGACGGACACGAGAGCGCCUAUCCGUCCAAGUGGCUGCUCCAGCAAAUACACCAGUCGGAUCAAGAAAUCCCGUCGCCCAACAUAGAACUAGCCGUGGUCUGGAGCGGUCUGACUUGGUCCAAAUACAGUUCGUUUCCAGUCAGAGUUCAGUACCAAGACUUGCUCGAGGACGCCGAUCUGGCUGUCAGGACCAAAACUCUGAAAAACCUGCUUCAAAAUAUCUACACGUAUGGCUUCGCGCUGGUCGAACAAGUACCUCCGACUCCGGAAGGCACUAGAAGCGUGGCCGAAGCCAUAGCGCCGCUCAAGAAAAACAUUCGCGGUAACGACUUCUGGGAACAUACUGUCGAAAGUGACCAAAUUAGCGAAGAAGUGAAACAUGACACAAUGCUCUAUACAAAACCGUACACCGACGAAGUUUACCUGAACAACCCAUCUGCCGUUCAAGUGUUUCACUGUCUAGAACGGCACGGAACUAACGGCCCGAAUUACCUAAUCGACGGCUGGCUCAUCGCCAACGAAAUGUCACAGCAUCACGCCGACGUUUACGAAUAUUUAAACACUCAUCCGCUUGACUUCUAUUAUAUGGAUGAAAAUCAUCUAUUUCAUUCGCACGUGCCCGUCAUUCAGCUAAACUCGAACGACGCCAUCUCUGCAUUUUGGUACAGCAGCUACCAUCGUCUCCCACCUCACCCAAUUCACGCAGAUCAUCGCAUGUAUUACAAAUCCAUUCAAAUAUUAGAACAGUACCUUCAAGAUGAAAAGUACAGGAUCAGCAUCGAGCUCGCACCUGGCGUCGUGUGCGUCAUCUUCAGUUGGAGAGUCCUGGUCGGAUCCAUGCCCUUCACCGGCUAUCGAAAGCUGACUGGCUGCCACAUCGCAUUUGAUGAUUACAUGGACAGAUUUAGGUUCAUGUCGAGAAAGUCAAAAUAGUAAAUUUUUUUUCAUCUAAACUUUUCUCGCAAAACUCUUUUGUCAAUUUGAAGGGGGUGCAAAACGCUCGAGGCCGCAAAGAAAGGCGGGGUUUGUGACCAAAUUUUCUUUGAACCAGUCUUUUUUCUAGCUCGGUCUUUUUCUGUUUGAUGUGCCGAUGGCCAGCGCUCUAGCUCUCGGGUCCUUGUUGACUCGGUUUUCCUGCAAGCCUGGAUACCACUCGAAAAACUACUGUACGACAAGCCAAAAAAUUCCCAUAAGCCUUAUCAAAGAUCUUCGCGAAAGAACAAAGGCCGGCAUUCAGGACUGUCGCAGUGCGCUCUUGAAAAACGAUCUGAACAUAGAAAAGUCUAUUCAGUGGUUAGAAGCUCAAGCAGAAAGCGUCGCCACCAAAAAAGCAUCCAAAAUAGCUGCGGAAGGCAUGUUGGCCGUCGCUUCUAACCAUCUAAAUACCAAAAUGGCCUUAGUAGAACUGCUCUGCGAAACCGAUUUUGCCUCUCGCUCGUCUUCCUUUGUUCAAACACUCGCUCACCUAACGAGACAAGCGCUCAAUGAAAGUCACGCCGACCGGUCUUCUCUUUAUCAGGCUGAAAAUGUGCAAAACCAGCUCAAUCAGCUCAUCUACACGUUGAAGGAGAACAUCAAUCUUCGCCGCGUCCAUCCGUUUGAAGCGGACGUGCUAGGAAUGUACAUGCACCAACGCAUCGACAAGGAUUUAGACCACCUUCCCGAUUCAGAAGGCGGACGGUUGUUCGUUGGACCUCGAGCCGGCAUAGUCGGUUUCCGUCUUCAAGGUGACAAAAUUGAACUUGCCAAAACCGAGGUGCAGCCAUUUGCAGAUAAGCUUGCCGUCCACGUACUCUCCAUGAACCCUCAAUCCGUGGACAAAGAGUCUGCGCCACUUGGAACUGAACUAGAUGACGUGCUGAUGGAACAAGAGUUCAUCUUUGAAUCCGACAAGACAGUCAGACAGGUUUUAGAAGAAGAACAGUCUAAGCUUCAAGGAAAGUACCAAGUAACCCUGAGCUUCGAUUUCUUCAAAAAUUUUAUUUGCGGUGAGGGGACGCAAAAAAAUUCUAAAUCAUUUGCCAGCGAAGUGGCUGACUUGCUUAAAACUUGAAAGCGCGCCCUCUUUCUCGUAGGACUUGACAGCCAUCUAUUUUAUCUACAAACUUCCUAUUCAUAUCCAAAAUUGUUUUUUAAUCGUCCUUUAUUUAGCAUAAAAUCUGUAAUCAACCAUUUUCUGUUAACGUAAUACACAUCAUUUUUGCUGUCUAAAUUCCAUCUUCUAGCCCGAUGCUGUCUCGUCGAAUUUACCUCUAGAACGCUGUGGAGUCAUCCAGCGUUGCCAAUACCGACCAUUUAUUUCUUGGAGCUUUAACGCGUAACUCAGCUCUACUUUCAAAGCAUAAAGCAGCCUAUCAGCAGCGUGCGUGCGCGCUUUGUUUAGAUGAUAGAGGCGCAUAAUGUUGAGUUACGAAGAAUUGACAAGAGGAUCAAGUGCGAAAAUUGUUGCAUGGACUAUGCUUGACAGUUCGUUAGGUGCUCGCGUUGAAUCAAUGUCUGCUAGGUGCUUAGGAUUGUAUAGUUAUAGAGUUAUGAAGUCUGUGAUUGGGCAAACUAGUACACAAACAAGAGGGUAUCUGGUCGCAUUUUUUCGCAUACGCAGGCGGCGCCACCGACCCCAGAUAUAUUAAUCGGCGUAAAGCAGAUGGUUCUUAUGCGUUGAUUAAAGGCGAUUGGAGCUUGAGCGAAAUGUGACACGUUUUUCAACUGAUUAGCCAUUUUGUGUAUGUAAAUCGAGUAACAUCGAUGCUAAAGCGGCAAACACAAGGCGUAAAGGAUUGACGCGAUACGCGAGAUUGUUUUAAAAGUUUGAGGGGAUUGCCAUA